GAGCAGCAGCAGCAACAACAGCAACAUCAUCUCCAGUGACAACACCUGGCAAAGAUGAGCUCCAGUGGCAUGAACAUGAUGAGCAAGAUCAUCUUCUACGAGGAGAGGAACUUCCAGGGUCGCUCCUAUGAAUGCAUGAGCGACUGCGCCGACAUGUCCUCCUACCUGAGCCGCUGCCACUCCUGCAGGGUGGAGAGGGGCUGCUUCAUGGUCUACGACCGCACCAACUUCAUGGGCAACCAGUACUUCAUGAGGAGGGGCGAGUACGCCGACUACAUGAGCAUGAUGGGCAUGAGCGACUGCAUCAGGUCCUGCCGCAUGAUCCCCAUGCACAGAGGCUCAUUCAGGAUGAGGAUCUACGAGAGGGAGAACUUCCAGGGCAUGAUGCACGAGCUGAUGGAGGACUGCGACAACAUCAUGGACCGCUACGGCAUGUCCAACUGCAUGUCCUGCAACGUGAUGGAGGGCCAGUGGCUGAUGCACGAGCAGCCCCACUUCAGAGGAAGGAUGAUGUACAUGAGGCCCGGAGAGUACAGGAGCCUGAUGAGCAUGGGCAUGGGCAUGAGCAACAUGAGCGGCAUGAGGUUCAUGAGCAUGAGGCGCAUCAUGGAUUCCUGCUACUAGACCACCGGUCCUGGUGAUGGUGCAGCAAUUAGUUUCUAAACUAAUUUGAGAAAAUCAGUGACUGAACAUCUCCAGCAAUAUACAAUGAAUCCUGAUUGCUGCAAAUGGAAGAAAAAGUUUCUUCCAAACCACUAAACUGCAAAUACUACUCCUAAAAAGAAUCACAAGGAAACUGUAAUAAAAUAUUUCUAAAACAA